UCUAAGUCAUCCCUUCACAGAUGGUGGGCGCAAUCUUCCCCAACACCAGAAGGCAUAUACUUCUGUCUGUAUGUUCAUUUGUGAGGAAAAAAAGAAAAGAAUGGAACGAAAGGAAACAAAACCUCCUUCUUUGACUACACCUCUGAUCACAGUCACAGAUAUCAAUGAAGUGCAAGAUGGAAACGACCCUGGGCUUGAGAGGGAGAGGCAAACCGAGAAGAAGGCCAUAGCGAUUGAUGAGAGGAAGGAGGCGGCUGCAGUGGGAGAAGUGAAGAAGCAGCUAUGGCUUGCAGGGCCACUCAUCUGUGUGAGCCUCUUGCAGUUCUGUUUGCAGCUUAUUUCCAUCAUGUUUGUGGGUCAUCUUGGAGAGCUGCCUCUCUCUGGUGCUUCCAUGGCUAGCUCCUUUGCCUCUGUUACUGGCUUCAGCUUGCUGCUGGGGAUGGCAAGUGCACUGGACACACUGUGUGGCCAAUCCUAUGGAGCAGAGCAGUAUCGUAUGCUGGGGAUUCAUAUGCAGAGAGCUAUGCUUAUUCUUUCAUUUGUAAGCAUACCCCUUGCUCUCAUUUGGGCAAACACGAGCCCCAUUCUCGUGGCCUUAGGCCAAGAUGCUGAGAUAUCCGCAGCAGCCCAGCUCUAUGCCCGGUUCAUGAUCCCAAGCCUAUUCGCUUACUGCCUUCUUCAGUGCCUUGUCAAGUUCUUGCAAACACAAAACAUUGUCUUCCCAAUGAUGAUAAGCUCUGGAAUCACUACUCUGCUCCACCUCCUUGUGUGUUGGAUUCUGGUGUUCAAAACCGGCCUAGGCAUCCGCGGAGCAGCCUUGGCCAAUUCCUUCUCAUAUUGGGUAAAUGCCUUGCUGUUGAUACUCUACAUCAAGUUCUCCCCUUCUUGUGCAAAAACUUGGACUGGCUUCUCAAAAGAGGCCUUCCACAAUAUCCCCACUUUUCUCAGACUUGCAAUCCCUUCUGCUGUCAUGAUCUGCUUGGAGAUGUGGUCGUUUGAAUUGAUGGUCCUACUCUCCGGUCUUCUUCCUAAUCCCAAGCUAGAAACCUCGGUGCUUUCUAUAUCCCUUAAUACAGCUGCGACAGUUUGGAUGAUCCCCUAUGGACUUAGUAAUGCAGUAAGCACAAGGGUCUCGAACGAGGUAGGGGCCGGGCACCCUCAAGCUGCUCGGUUGGCUGUUCGUGUUGUCCUAGGCAUGGCAGCUACAGAGGGCAUUGUGGUAGGAACAGUAAUGAUUCUAAUCCGAAACAUCUGGGGCUACGCCUACAGCAACGAAACAGAAGUGGUCAGAUAUGUAGCGGCCAUGAUGCCAAUCCUGGCAGUGUCCAAUUUCUUGGAUGGACUGCAGUGUGUUCUCUCAGGUACUGUUAGAGGGUGUGGCAGGCAGAAGAUUGGUGCAUUUAUCAACCUGGGAUCAUAUUAUCUUAUGGGCAUCCCUUGUGCCAUAAUGUUUGCCUUUGUCCUACAAAUUAAAGGAAAGGGCCUCUGGUUGGGGAUUAUCUGUGGACUCAUUGUUCAAGUUUUGUCACUUCUUACCAUUACAAUACGCACUAAUUGGGAGCAAGAAGCAAAGAAGGCAACAGAAAGAGUAUAUGACUCCCUGUUCCCAGCGGACAGGUCAUGACAAGGAGAAACGUCCAACACAUUUGGAGUGACAUGGAGACUAUUGAUGAAGUUUGAUGAAUUCCCGGCUGGUAGUGAACAAGAUAGCUAACAGUAUUUGGAUUACAGAGCACAGAUGAUGGAAGAAGGUGACCAAGUUAACAGUUAGCUCUAUAGGGUCCAGAAUAAACCUUCAUUCGAUGCUCGAUAAAUACCCCAGGCAGGAAGAAGGAUGAGAAGUAGCUUUAGCAAUGCCAGUUCUUGAAUCCUAUAUCUGAUUGGAUCUCUAAUAGAUGUUCUCUUCUCUUCUUUCUCGUUCCCUUUCUCUGCCUUUUAUUUAUAGCAACAUAUUAAACCUUUAUGUCUAAACAGUCGGUGACAUAAAUUUUAAUUCAUCAAUCAUUUUAUGCA